UUAGAAAACAUCAGCUCUUGAGAGAAGUGUGUACCUUUUAUAGGAUUCUUUGCUCCUUCUGUCAACUUUGGAGUGACUUUUUUUUAAUCAUCAAACUAUCACAAGUGACCAAGACAGCUAAAGGGGGAGAAGGGCUUACAGGUGUUCUCUGCAUUAAAUCAGAAUCAUGGGAUUGUUUGAUAAACUAGCUGGGUGGCUUGGUCUGAAGAAAAAGGAAGUUCAUGUUUUGUGCCUUGGGUUGGACAAUAGUGGCAAAACAACUAUCAUUAAUAAACUUAAACCUUCAAAUGCUCAAACUCAAGACAUAGUUCCAACAAUAGGAUUCAGUAUAGAAAAAUUCAAGACAUCCAGUUUGUCUUUUACAGUGUUUGAUAUGUCAGGCCAAGGCAGAUACAGAAACUUAUGGGAACAUUACUACAAAGAAGGCCAAGCCAUUAUUUUUGUCAUUGAUAGCAGUGAUAAGUUAAGAAUGGUUGUGGCCAAAGAAGAACUUGACACCCUCCUGAAUCACCCAGAUAUCAAACACCGUAGAUUACCUAUCUUGUUCUUUGCUAACAAGAUGGACCUCAGGGAUGCGGUAUCAUCUGUGAAAGUCUCUCAGUUACUGUCUUUAGAGAACCUCAAAGAUAAACCAUGGCAUAUCUGUGCUAGUGAUGCACUUAAAGGAGAAGGGUUACAAGAAGGUGUAGAUUGGCUCCAAGAUCAGAUCCAAGCAAUGAAGACAUGAGAGGCCAGUAAGAUAAAAGACCUGUCAUACAUUAACUUUGGCAGUAGAUGUACAAGCUCCUGGAACCCCAAGAAAGACCUCAAAGAAUCAAAAAUCUAAAUACAGUGCAUUCUGUUGUUUCCUUUCAUUAUCUUUUACAAGGGGCCAAGAGAAGUAAACUUUUUAGAAAAUGUAGUGCCUCAGGUAUGUACAUACAUGAAUUAAAUUAAAUCUUUGCUAAGUCUGAAGAGAAUGCUAAAGUUAACACAUUAUUAAUAAAUAAGCAUCCUCCAUCCUUUAAGUUUUAUUGUGAAAUACAGUUUUAAGCUUCUAAUACAUCAUUUAAUAUAUCCAGAUUUUCAAAGUUAUUAAUGAUUUCAUGUGCCACCAUAAUGUUUUGCAUAUUGAACUUUAGACAUCUUGCAAAGAAGCCUUUUUCAGAAUAUGGAUGUGCAGCAUUUCUUGAAAAUGUCCCUGUAAGGUGUCUCAGGAAGGGCACUCAAAAUCAGUAGUCAUUUCUGAAAAUCUUGUCUACUGGUAUUAGUUUUUUAAAGUAUUUUUGUAACGUUGUAGGUUAAAAUGUGGUAUGUGUUGGUUAAAAAUGAUUGCAGAUGUUUUUAAGGAAUAGCUUGUAUUGUAAUGCAACAGCUGUACACACACUCCUCUCAAUAAAAUAUAAAUAUAAGAUAUACAUGUUGUUUUGA